AUGCUUCACCGGGAUUUGCUGGAUGAUGUGACGACAUACAAUGACAAGUAUGUCGUCCUCUACGACUUUGGCGAGAUAGAUCGUGAUACCGCCGUCGAAGAGUUCAAGACACUACUGGUUGACCUGGAGGAAGCCGGUCUUGAUGUUGAGGUGCGAGCUGGCUAUGAGCAGACCCUCUUGAUUUUCGUCAAGGCCCCUCGGGAACUUCUUGGAAACACGGUUUACAAGUCGAGGGUCAAAGACUGGCUGUAUGGAAUCACGCCAAACCACCCUGGAGGUGACAAAAACACAGUCGUCGAUGGAGCCUAUGAAGCCGAAGACAUCCUCUCCUUGUAUCAUCUUAUCAACUGGUCAAAGAGCCUCGGUGGUGCAGGCAUCACUCCAGGUCUUGGAAAGUGGGAGAAUGUCAAGGCCAUCUUUCCUUUGCACAACCCUCGCGUCAAUCAAGCGCUUCUUCGACAUCUGAGCAAGAGGAUUUUCCUUACCCCAGAAGACAUUGAUUCUAUUCGAGAUAUUCUUGGUUCAAAGGUCGCCUUCUACUUUGCCUUUAUCCAAACCUACCUCCUCUUCCUGACCUUCCCCGCUAUAACCGGCGUAAUAGCCUGGCUCUGGCUCCCACGCUACUCCCUAGCGUACGCAAUCCUCACCAGUAUCUGGUGCACCGUCUUUCUCGAGUACUGGAAGAUCCAAGAGGUCGACCUCUCCUUGCGAUGGAACGUCAAGGGCAUCCAGGGCGUCAAGGUCAACCGGCCGCAGUUCAAGUACGACAGCGUGUUCAUCGACGGCGGCGGGCGUAAACACUAUUACUUUCCGAGGUGGAAGAAGGUCACGAGGCAGCUCUUGCAGAUUCCCUUUUUGCUUUUUGCAUUUUUUGCGUUGGGGGUUAUUAUCAUUGCGGUUUUUGGGAUCGAGGUUCUCAUCUCAGAAACCUAUGCUGGGCCAUACAAGUACUACCUGGAAUACCUUCCUACUAUUCUCCUUGCCGUCUCUCUACCUUACAUCACUUCUGCUCUCGAGGACGCAGCAACUUGGAUGACGGAAUUUGAAAACCAUCGAACAGCCGAUCACCAUGAAAUGUCACUCACUCAAAAGAUUUUCCUUCUCAACGUAUUUACAAACUACCUUCCAAUACUCCUAACAGCGUUCAUUUACAUUCCCUUUGGCGACGACGUCGUCCCCCGACUCGAGAACAUCCUCCGAAAAGCACUGGGUAGCCUUGGAAAGGAGUUUGUCCAUCAACCAUUCACCCUCGAUGCCGACAGACUGCGGAACGAAGUCAUUGCGUUGACUGUCACUGGUCAAAUUUCGAGUUUCUUUGAAGAAAACAUUGUGCCCAUGUUGAAGCACAGGCUCUCGGGCUGGUAUCGAGACUACCGUCGAGCUUAUUCAAAAGGCGACAUGCUUCUCUCCGUGGUCCAGGAUGAUCCUCAAGAGGCCAAAUUUCUCGCCCAAUGUCGCAACCAGGCAACUCUCCCAGGCUACAAUGUCCAAGACGAUAUUUCGGAAAUCGUCCUGCAGUUUGGUUACUUGGCUCUCUUCUCCCCGGUCUGGCCCAUCAUUCCCAUGGGUUUCCUUAUCAACAACUGGAUCGAACUGCGCUCAGACUUUGCUAAGAUUUCUCUUGAGCAUCAGCGACCUGCCCCGGUUCGAUCAGACGGUAUCGGCCCGUGGAUCUACUCACUUGAGGCACUGACCUGGCUUGGAAGUAUCUGCACGGCGGCCAUUGUCCAUCUCUUCAGUUUCCAAACCUUUGGAGACGGAACCAACAAAUGGGUCACACUUCCAAUCACCGUCUUCAUCAGCGAACACGUCCUCCUCCUCCUCCGAACCCUUGUGCGCUUCGUUCUCCAGCAGAUUGGAUCAGAGCGUAUCCGAGAAGACUACAACCAACGAUACGCAAACCGUGUGAAACACCUAGAGGAGAUCGAAUCCAACAAGAGGGCCGGUCUUGGCGUCAGCGAGGCGCAAAGAGAGCGCAGAAGGUCAAUCCUCGCAACCGGACGCGACGCCUUUUGGACGAAGCAGGUUGAAGCAGGCGCCAGUGAGACGGCGGGUGUCAGUUUGAUCAAGCAAGUGAAGAAGGAGGAAAAGACUGAAGACCCAAAGACCGAGAACCCAAAGACUGAUUAG